AUGGCGCACCGCGUAAUAACACAAGUCGUCUUUACCGGGGCUCGUAUAAUAGGACGCGCCGUCUCCGAAUCGUACCGCCAGGCCGCCGCGUCUCAGAAAUAUGCCGCCGCAGGCCAGAAAGCGGGUGGCGGCUUCUCUUCAUCAAACAUCACAAUGGACGAAGCCUGCCAGAUCCUGAAUGUCGGACCCUCGAAGAUGGGACAGAUAGACGAAGCAUUCGUCACGGAACGGUUCAAGCGGUUAUUCGACCUCAACGAUCCCAAGAAGGGCGGCAGUUUCUACCUACAGAGCAAAAUCCUAAGGGCGAGAGAGCGCAUCGAGCGCGAGGUACAAGGUUUCAAGCAAAUGGCAGAGAGGGAGCAGGAGUUGUCGGAAGGCUUCAAGCCAAAGUGGACGAAAGACUCGAAAUGA